AUGACUAGGGAAGAGAAGCUCAUGGUGGCAAAACAGCUGGGCAAGCUUGGAGUGGAUAUCAUCGAGGCAGGGUUUCCUAUCGCAUCGCAAGGCGACUUUGAGGCGGUGCAGGAGAUCGCUACAGUGGUCGGCCAGGGCGGCAACCCUCCAAUUAUUUGCGGCCUGGCGAGGGCCCUAAAGAAAGACAUCGACGUGUGCGCGAACGCGGUGGCGCCAGCGCGGUUCCCCCGCAUCCACACCUUCAUCGCUACCUCGGACAUCCACAUGAAGCACAAGCUUAAGAAGUCCAGGGAGCAGGUCCUGGAGAUCACGCGGGAGAUGGUGACGCACGCACGCUCGCACGUGGAUGACGUCGAGUUCAGCGCCGAGGACGCGCUUCGCUCGGACUACGACUUCCUGUCGAAGGUGUACUCUGUCGCGAUUGAGGCCGGGGCGACUACCAUCAACGUCCCCGACACGGUCGGAUACACCACCCCCAAGGAGUUCAUGGGGCUCAUGCAUCACCUACGCGGGACUGUCAGGGGCAUCGACAAGGUGACCAUCUCCGUUCACGGGCACGACGACCUGGGCAUGGCCGUGGCCAACUUCAUGUCCGCCAUCGAAGGAGGAGCCCGCCAGGUGGAGUGCACGAUCAACGGAAUCGGAGAGCGGGCAGGCAACGCCGCGUUGGAAGAGAUCGUCAUGGCCCUGCACGUCCGCAAGGCGUACUACAACCCUUCCUUCGACCGCCCCGUGCUGUCGGAGACCGCCCUGACCAACAUCAAAACCAAGGAGAUCGUCAAGUCUUCCAAGCUUGUGUCCUCCAUGACGGGCAUGAUGGUGCAGGCGAACAAGGCUAUCGUCGGAGCAAACGCCUUCUCGCACGAGUCUGGGAUUCACCAGGAUGGUGUGUUGAAGAACAAGGAAACGUACGAGAUCAUGGACGCUGAACUGGUCGGCCUCCACCAGGACACGUCUCUCGUGCUCGGGAAGCACUCUGGCAGGCACGCCUUCCGCUCCCGCCUUCAGGAGACGGGCUACUCGCUGACGGACGACGAGCUGAACCGCGCGUUCCUCCGCUUCAAGGACCUUGCCGACAAGAAGAAGGAGAUCACCUCCCUCGACCUGGCGUCCAUCGUGAACGACGAGAUCCGAGACGUGAACAUCAGGCGCUACGAGCUGGUCGGGAUGCAGGUUGCGGCCGGAACCACCAACAAGCCGACGGCAACGGUGACUCUGUACGACACCGACCUGGAGAAGGAGGGGUGCGUGGCCGCCAUCGGCACUGGUCCAGUGGACGCGGCCUACAAGGCCAUCGACGACAUCGUGGGGACCAGGAGCACGAAGCUGUUGGAGUACUCAGUGGCAAGCGUGACGGCCGGGAUCGAUGCUCUCGGAGAGGUGACCGUGCGUGUCCAGGACGAGCUGUCGAAGCGAGAGUACAUCGGGAAGGCGGCGGACACGGACGUGAUCCAUGCGUCUGCCGAGGCCUACCUUCACGCGGUAAACCGUCUCCUCAGCAACAGGGGGCAGCCGGACAAGGCCCACCCACAGAAGGACGUAGUGUGAAUGAUUGGUUGACGAUGAUCAUCAUCAUUAAUGAAGGAUUGUCUCGCUGACUAUGAUGGUGAGGUGGUGAUGCAUGAAGGAUUGUAGUUGGCUAGACGAUGGCGAUGAUGAGUGAAAGACGCCACGCCUCGUCACCGGGCCGGCGGCCAUGCCCUGUAAUUUUGGCGCCAUGCAUGCAUGAACACAACGCAAUAGAGGAAGCGUUUCGUGCUUGCACAGAGUUUUACGUCAAGAAGGCUGCGUUGCGUUUCGAGUUUUACAGCAUUUAGACUGCGUUGACGACAGAAACGCGGCGUGAUUUGCACGGAGGUCUAACAGCUGUCAUGUGGGCCCGCGAGUUGUUCAAGUGACGUAGCGACGAUCAUCUGUUGUGUUACAAAAGUUGAUGACACGGCGGGGUUGUACGGGAAAUAUGGCAUCGGCCGCUUUGCCGGGACGGUUCUCCAUGUGGGCUCGGCCUAAGCGGAAAGAACCGCAACAAUACCGUGGGAAUCAUGGAUCGAACCGGUGGUGGUGCGGUUUUUUUACGUGGCGGGUGCUCUGGUGUUUUACGUCCUACCUCUCAAAAUGCUGAUGGCCUGCCUCUGAUUGGUUGGCUUUUUGCGACAAAGUCCUUUCGUCGGUACUUGCGCUCAGCGAGGAAUGGAAUCAAGAGAGUUAGUUGUGGAAGACGUGCGGCUGCGUGUUUUGUUUCGAAUGUAAGCGUUUGUUUCUUGUUCGUUCGUGGCGGCGGCAAGGAAUUAUUUCUUGCUUGCGGCUGGCAUAAACAGGCUUGCGAAGGAGCUGAACGUUGUGUGUUGCGCUCAGACGUUUUUGUUGUUGUCACAGAAUACGUUUUGACUGCGUCGCAGUUGAUGCUUGACGAGAAGCCCCAGCAGGGUGAAGUCAUCCCUCGAAUGGAAGUGUUAUUCGUAUCUGUCGGCGGCCCUGUAUUUUGUCCCUUACUGGUGGCAGGAAAUGUCAGGUCGAAGAAUCAGGGGCCGGAGUAGUAAAAAGGAUUCGAUGUACUCCUAGUAGAUUUGGGGCUUGAGGAGGUCCCGCGGAAUUAGACUAGAGUCUUUCCCCUUCGUGAGUCUUUGCACUGCGAAGCAUCGGUCAAUCGUGGAGAGCUUUUACGGUUGACGACCCAUUGCAUGAUGGUGGCUGUGUCAUGCCGAAUGCCAUGGUAGGUUUUUACAUGUGCAAACAUACAGCAGUGGUAUUUAUUGGCUCCUUUGGUGGUAUAGUGUUUGCGUUGCCU